AACUUAAUAGACAAACAACGUUAGUGGAGAACCACAAAACGGUGGACUCCUUUGUCAAUGAUUUUUGUCCAUGGAACCCUUUGGUGAUGACACCUGUCCUCAUUCUUGAUCUCCCACUUAGUUUUUGAUUUUUGUGUACCAAAUGAGUGCUUCACAUUUGGACCUGUAAUUGCUUUAAUCACUUCAAAAAAAAAAAAAAAAAUUAAAAAUAUCCAUUUACUUAUCAACUUCCUUACAUAACUAAUUACUCCUCCUUUCUCAAAAUUUAUAAUUUUGGUUGAAUUUAUUUUGACUUCCCAAAUCAUAGUUUUCAUCAAAGUAUCAAACUUUACUUAAAUUUUUUUAAAAAGAAAUUAAAUUCAGUGAUUUUGAUUUUUUAUGUUCUAGUGAACUGAAUUAUGGCUUCAAGUGUGAUUUACAAUUCAUUAACAACCUCAACAACCGUUUUCUUAAGAACCCACUUACCAACAAUACUCUCAUCUUCAAACGAUGAACAACAUCAACCUUCUUCAUUGAUAUGCAACUGUAAAUACCUGUUAAAGAAGUCAACAUUUAGUGGGCAGAAAAAGAAAAAAGACAACUAUGUGAAGGCAACAGCAGUGGCGGAGUCCUUUAAAACAACUCCGGCAGCCGAAAAAGAGAAGAAGCUUCGGAUACUGGUGGCCGGAGGUGGGAUCGGAGGGCUGGUGUUUGCGUUGGCGGCGAAGAAGAAGGGAUUUGAUGUGGUGGUGUUUGAGAAGGAUUUGAGUGCAAUAAGAGGAGAAGGGCAAUACAGGGGACCAAUUCAGAUACAGAGUAAUGCGUUGGCUGCUUUAGAAGCAAUUGAUAUGGAUGUUGCUGAGAAAGUUAUGGCUGCUGGUUGUGUUACUGGUGAUCGGAUUAAUGGUCUUGUUGAUGGGGUUUCUGGUAAUUGGUACUGCAAAUUCGAUACCUUCACUCCUGCAGUGGAGCGAGGUCUUCCAGUCACUAGAGUCAUAAGCCGUAUGACAUUGCAACAAAUUCUUGCUCAAGCGGUUGGAGAAGAAGUGAUUAUGAAUGAGAGUAAUGUUGUGGAUUUUAAGGAUGAUGGAACCAAGGUUACUGUGACGCUUGACAAUGGGAAGACUUAUGAAGGAGAUCUCCUAGUUGGAGCUGAUGGAAUUUGGUCAAAGGUGAGGACAAACUUGUUUGGGCAUACAGACGCUGUUUACUCAGGAUACACUUGUUACACAGGCAUUGCAGAUUAUGUGCCAGCAGACAUUGAAUCUGUAGGGUAUCGAGUGUUUCUGGGGCACAAACAGUACUUUGUAUCAUCAGAUGUGGGUGCAGGCAAGAUGCAGUGGUAUGCAUUUUACAAGGAAGAUCCUGGAGGUGCUGAUCAGCCCAAUGGUAAAAAACAAAGGUUGUUUAAAAUGUUUGAGGGAUGGUGUGACAAAGUAAUUGAUCUUAUUGAUGCUACUGAUGAAGAGGCUAUUCUUCGACGUGACAUUUACGAUAGACCACCUAGUUUUACCUGGGGGAAGGGUCGCGUAACUUUAUUGGGUGACUCGAUCCAUGCUAUGCAGCCCAAUUUGGGCCAAGGAGGAUGCAUGGCCAUCGAGGACAGCUAUGGGCUAGCUCUUGAGCUGGAGAAAGCAUGGCGUAAGAGUUCUGAAUCUGGAGCACCAAUUGAUGUUGUUUCCUCGCUAAAGAGUUAUGAGGGAGCUCGAAGAAUUCGAGUAGGCAUAAUUCAUGGAUUGGCUAGAAUGGCGGCAAUUAUGGCAACAACUUACAAAGCAUAUCUAGGUGUAGGACUUGGUCCAUUGUCGUUUUUGACAAAAUUCAAGAUACCUCACCCAGGAAGGGUUGGUGGUCGUGUUUUCAUUACCCCAGCAAUGCCUCUAAUGCUGAAUUGGGUUUUAGGUGGUAACAGUGAAAAACUUGAAGGAAGAAUACCACAAUGCAGAUUGUCUGAAAAAGCAAACGACCAACUACAAAGAUGGUUUGAGGAUGAUGAUGCCUUGGAGCGUGCUCUUAAUGGAGAAUGGAUUCUCCUCCCUCAAGGAAAUGUUGCUGAAUCUUUAGAACCUAUUUGUUUGAGUACAAAGGAAGACGAGCCAUGUAUAAUUGGGAGAGCAUCUCAUAAGGAUUCCUCGGGUAUGUCAGUAGCUGUGUCUUCACCUCAGGUUUCAGAAAGACAUGCUCAAAUCAGCUGCAAAGACGGAGCAUAUUACUUGACAGAUUUGCGUAGUGAACAUGGAACAUGGAUCACAGAUAAUGAUGGCCGACGUUAUAGAGUACCUCCUAAUUUCCUUACAAGAUUUCAUCCGUCAGAUAUCAUUGAAUUUGGAUCCGACAAAAAGCAGGCAGUGUAUCGAGUGAAAGUGAUGAGGACGUCUCCAAGGGUGGAACAAAAUAAGCCUAAUGCAGCAGUACUGCAGACUGUGUGAAAACCUUGUCAAGUUUCCUGUGUUAAUUUGUUGAUAUGGCCUCAAUGUACAGAAUUCUUCAGGAAGAUUGCAAAAGUGAUCUCAGCCAAAUCACCCCACACGUAAUUAGAAGCUAGAACUCUAUGUUAGCUGUGUAAUAUGAUCUUCUAAAUUCUUCAUGUUGUACAACUGUACGAAUUAUGCUACCAUGUUUGCUUCUUAGGUUUUGAAGAUCGACUGAAAUUAUACGAGUGUAUAUUUGAUUGAAGUUUUGCUUAAUUAUUGAUAUCAUCUUUGGUA